AUGACGAAUGAAGCAUUUUUUAAUACAACUUUUUGCCGUUUAGAUUUGCUGCCGGAGGGACUACGCUUCAGCUACGAUGAGCCACAGCAAUGGCGACAUAAUUAUCCACAAUGUGGCGGCUCCUAUCAGUCGCCCAUAGCACUUAGUCCACGCAAAUCAAUACCCGUUAGUUUGCCGCCUUUGAACUUUGGUCACUACGAGGAGCCGUUCGAUGAGCUUCUGAGUGUCAGAAACAAUGGACAUACAGUUGAGUUCCGAGUGCCCACAACAGUGUUGGGUGAGCGUCCUUAUCUCACCGGCGGGCUUUUGGGAGACUUCUAUGAGGCCAUGGCCGUGCAUUUCCAUUGGGGCUCGUCUCAGCGCAAGGGCUCGGAGCAUUUGCUUAAUGGUCGUCGCUACGAUCUGGAAAUGCAUAUCGUUCAUCGCAACACAAACUACCAGAGCGAUGAGGAGGCGAGAAAUCAGACCGAUGGCCUGGCCGUACUAGCUGUGCUCUUUAAGGUGGUCCGCACCAACUAUCUGCAUUAUCAACCUGGUCUCAGUGAAAUCCUUGGCUCGCUGCUCCACCUGGGCGACUUUAACAGCAGCUACACGCCAGCCGCCUUUCUCACACUUGGAUCGCUACUUGGCAACUUGGAUAGGGGCAAUUUUUAUGCAUACAGGGGCUCACUGACAACGCCGCCCUGUUCGCCAGCUGUGCUGUGGCAUGUGUUUGCCGAGGUUUUGCCCAUAUCGCAUCUGGAACUGCCAAAGUUUUGGCAGCUGAGAGAUCGCCGCGGACGACAGCUGUUAAACACCUUUCGACCAUUGCAGUCCCUUGAGGGGCGGCAGGUAUUUCAACGCCGCCCGCCAUCGGAAUACAUCUGGUUAUAAUAAAUGCUAAGAAUCUA